ACUUGAAUGCAGUCACGUAGAGAGUUUUCUCCCGCACUGUUGAGCGACCUGUUUGUUAGUAAGUAGGGGCACGAGCAGGAUUCCUCUUCGUUCACUCAGCUAAGUGGCUCAUAACGUAUUUGCUACACCUUACAAAUUUUGUUACUGGGGAUGAAUGAUCACGAAGGAUUAGUCUUCCAUCAUCGAGCAGGAACAAGCUUAUGUGACCUGAAUGUUGCUGCGUGCGGGAAUUGUCUCAGGAAAGACUAUCUCUCUGCCCGCACAGACUGUUCUGUGUCCGCUGCUUCACAGGGUUCCAUGGAGACUGCAACGGAUAAUAUGAAUAAAACGGUUCCACCUGCGUUUGAAGACAUUCUGGACGUUAUAGACCCAAGAGGAAAAUUCCAAUCCAGGCUGAAUAUAAUUUUCUGCUACAUGGGUACUUUCCUCGUUACAGUGUGUGUGGAAAUUUAUUACAUCGCAAUGCAAACGCCUGAUCACUGGUGUCACGUUCCUGGCAGAGAAUAUACCAACUUUUCCCGAGAGGAAUGGAAGAACAUUACGAUCCCCAAGGAAGGCACGAGGUUCAGCAAGUGCAUUAUGUACAACGUGACUGGCGCAGGUGACUUCACCAACGCUUCAACUGUUCCGUGCCAGAAAGGCUGGGAUUACGACGACACGUGGUACGCUCUGACAGCUGCGUCACAGAUGAACUGGGUCUGUGAUGAAAGUUACGUCGUCAGUAACGUCCUAUUCUACGCACAAAUUAUCGGAGCCAUACUGGGGUUAUGCUUCGGAUACAUUGGCGACCUUUUUGGCCGAAGACCACAAAUAAUUCUCUGUGUGGCAGCCAUAGUGGCAAGCAGAUUAGUGCUGGUGUUGGCACCCUCACUGAUGGUACUGUUUAUCUUGGCGCAAUCUUUGGCGGCAGGCGCAACUGGUCCGUUCUUUGAGUCGGCAGCAUCCAUAGGAGUGGAACUGACAGACAUCCAACACCGGUCGUCAGUGAAUCGCAACUCGUGGGUUGCAAUGUGUUUGGGAGUAGUUGUUGCUGGUAUGUUGGCCUGGAUGUUCCGCAAUUGGAACCAUUUUCUUCUGUUCACUGCGUUUUGCUGUUGUCUCGUGCUUUUGUUUAUCAGGUGGUUGCCGGAGUCCCCGCGCUGGCUGGCGUGCAGGGGGCGUGAGCAGGAGGCGCUGAGCGUGCUGCGUCAGAUCGCCGCCACCAACGGAUCGACUGUGCCUCCGUUCACCGCACAGGUCCUGCGUAGGCUGGCCAGGACCAGCGGCGAGAGAAGGGGGUUCCUCAGCAUCUUCAGCAGUUGGAAUCUUUUCAAAAAUACCUCGAUUCUACUUGUUUCCAGGUCAAUAGUCGCUCUAACGAUAUAUUCUAUGGUGCUGAGCGUGGGCAUCCUCGACGUGCAUCCCUUCAUCACGGUGUCGGUACAGGGCGUGGCGCAGCUCUUGGCGGUACUCGUGGUACACUGCUACGCCUCUCGCAUGGGCCGUCGCUGGUCCUCCGCGGGAGCCCUACUGCUGUGUGGCUUCGUGAGUGCUGCCAUAGCACUGCUUCUCUACGUUCGUGCUCCAGGGGUCGCGAUCAUGGCGGCGCUCGCCGUACUACAGUUCGUCGCAACAGCCGGAGGUGCGACAGCGAACCUGCAGAGCUUAGAAGUGCACCCGACGUGUGUGCGCCAGAUCACAACCAGCCUCGAGAUGGCUGCCAUCGGCCUCGUGAUUUCGCUGAUGCCUUACGUCAUAUUUACGGGAGGAUCAGUGGACCAGCGACUGCCAUUCGCCAUCAUUGCGGGAGUCAAUGUCCUGGCUGCAUUCCUCAUGUCUUUCUUACCGGAAUCAGCGCUGCAGAAGUUACCUGAGACAUUGCAGGAAGCUGCAGUUUUUGGGAAGGAGCAGCCCUACUGGAGCUGGAAGCCUAAGCCCGCGGCCUCUUUCCUUGCAGAAGAACAGAAAUCCUUAAGGUCUACUGCAGGCAGACCUUUCAGGGGAGUUUUUUCUUCUCACAGUGAUGCCUGCUUCGCUUGCCACUGGAAGUGGUACAAGAAUAGUACUGCUACGGCAAGAUAGUCGACAGAUCUUAGCAUCACCAUUAUACAAGCGUGUUUCUAGUUUAGUAUUAUUGAGAAAGAUAUUUUUGGAAUAUAAACCUUCCUUCCGGCGAUUGCUCGGCUUAUGCAACAUUGGAGACGUUAUAGAGGAAACUGCGAAGUGUUAAUUCAUUUGACUACUUUUUUAAUAAAGUUAUUUCUCAUUUAA